GCAGCUUGAGACACAACACACUUUAAUUAGAGAAAGCAGCUCAGUUGGAGAGCAGAGGACAUGGCGGCACUGGCCACUCCUGCCACUUCUGCGGCGCUGGUGUCCGAGAUGAUGGCCCAGGGCCGCAAGUCUGCCGCUGCCCUCGAGGCCCUUCUCCAGGUCCAGGACCACGCGAUCGGCUGCUGCGACCGCGCCCUCGCCGUCCUCCACGGCAAACCUGCACGCCGGCAUAAGCACAAGCCGGCUCCCCACGGCGGCGCAGCCACUCAGACAAAGCCCAAAACAAGGACGCACGCGAGCAGCGGAGGGACGACGAUGGUGGAGAGGACGAGGAGCUGGGACGAUGGCUUCAUGUGGACCAAGUACGGGCAGAAGCACUUCCGGGGCAGCGACCACCCCAGGCACUACUUCAGGUGCGCCUACGCACUCCACGACGGCGGCUGCCCGGCCACGAGGCAGGUCCAGCGAUCCCAGGAGCACGACCCUCCCCUCUACGUGACUACGUCCUCACCUACUUCGCCGGCCACACAUGCUGCCGCGCGGCCGCCGUCGCCAAGGCCGUCCAGGUGCAGCUGCCGCUCGUCCUCGACUUUGGGUCGCCGGCCGCACCGAGCGGCUGCUCGCCUUGUUGGCUCAACUACGGGGAUAAUGUUUCGAAAAUAUAAAAUAGCACAGCUGCACCCCGGCCCUCUUAUCCGGGUCGUCCAUAUACAUCGGGAUAUGCGUCGUCCGUUACCGUAAGAUGAACAGGCCACGGUUACAUCGGGUGGUUUAGUAGUCCCCGUCGCCCGUGAUAUGCCUAUUUCGUAGCCUAGGUACUGUUCAGCUAGAGAAAAGUUCAGACACUAUCGGUCACGGGGGAGGCGGCCCGUGACAGAGGUCUUUCUGCGCCCCCACUCGUACCUCCAGGA